AUGGCGUCAACACCUGUGAGAACUGAGCCCAAUCUCAAACGGCGUAAGAUACGAAAAGGCACAUCAAGCUGCUGGGAAUGCAAGCAUCGCAAAAGACGCUGUGAAUUUGAGCCCGAAUCAAGUUCUGUUUGUGUCUCCUGUCAGCGCCGAGGGACACCCUGCAUAAGCCAAGAAUAUGAAGAACAUCCAGAAGACGAAUACAAGGCGCUUGGGGACAAUAUUGAUCGAGUGGAAGACUUGUUGAGUCACCUCAUUCAGGAAAGGGAAGCUCAAUCUCGGAGGCAAGAUUCCCGAGACAUAAACGGCGCACCAUGGCCUUUCGAUGUAACAAAGUAUUCAACUUUGCGGUCAGUCAACCAUGAGCGGAUGUCUAGAGGUUCUUCACUCACUGGAUAUCUCAAUGCAACUCUUCCAGCUCCUCAUGUCGCAGCGACUAUCUUUAGCAGCAAUAAACAAUAUAACGCGCCAUUGCAAAUACUUCAAAAUGACCACCAUGACCCAGAUUUCUAUGCAGACCAAAGAACCAAAAUACCUGGAAUAUUUCCUACGCUUCAUCCCAUUGCCCUUGCUCGCAGACUUAUCACACUGGCGCUUUGCCUACGGGAGAUCGACGAGGGCAAGUCUCAACACUUGAAUUUGGGAUUCGAAGAGCCUGCUGUGAACAUUGGACAUCGAUAUUUUCAGACUGCAUCCAGUCUUGUCAUGUCCCAGGACUAUUUAGUGAGCUCCCUGGAUGGAUUGGAAACCUUGCUGUUACAGAGUCGUUAUCACAUCAGCAUGGGCGAGCUCCACGUUGCGUGGCAGAUUUACAAACGAGCCUCACGCAUUGCACAUAUCAUGGAUGUGCCUCAGCAGGCUAAGAUCAUAGGUACCCGGGCUCAUUCUGUAUGGUUUCAACUGAUUUACUGCGAUUGCUUCUUAUCCAUAAUGCUGGGGCAACCGAUCGAAAUGACCGAAAGCAUCGUUGGGGCCACAGAAAGCCCACCUGUCAGUAACCCUGCGCAAAGCUUGGAGCGCGCUCAUGUGACCAUUGCUCAGCGCAUAGUCGCACGAAACUUAUGCAUCCAGCACUGCCAUGAGCGCGAGAGAACACAAAUAGUUUUUCGGCAGAGCUACGGAGAGACCAAAGCCCUCGAUCUUCAACUCAAAAUGGGUGCUAGGACUAUGCCGACGGCCUGGUGGAUGUCUCCUAAAUUUGCAGACCAGGAUUUGGACCGUGAAAUUAUGGAAAAGACCGCCAAGCUUUUGAUCCAAACCCAUCAACACUACCUUCUAGUGAUGUUGCAUCAACCGUACAUUAUACUGCAGUUUCCUUGUAAUCAUGAGAUUGAUGACUACAAUCCGAUUGACUACAUGUAUAGCACAAUGGCUGUUGUUGCCGCAAGUCGUGAGGUUCUCACCCGCUACCACAUUCUUCGAAAUUUCCAUCGGUCGCCAUCCUACCGUGGAUUUGACGAGAAGGCAUUCACGGCUUCUCUAGCUCUCCUCUUUGCUCAUCUUUCUGGACAUCGUCGCGGGUCUGCGAAUGUGCUUGAGCAUCAACGUCCACAUGAUCUUGGGGUAUUGGAAAACGUCAUUGAUUGUAUGGAGAAAAUAUCCUCAAUGAAUCGAGAUGCUCAAGGCUCUGCUCGGGCUCAAAGUCUUCGGCAAUUGAUGAAGAUCGAGGCUGAGGCGGCUGAUGGAUCCCAAUUCCUUGUCUGUGGCGCGGACGGAGUCGACAACAAUAAGCAAAACAAAGACGUCGGGAGAAAAUGUGACUUUGAAAUACCCAUGCCAUAUUUUGGCACCAUUCGGCUCAUCCGGCAGAUCUCUGAGAAGCAAGGUGUAGACUUUGCAACUGCUACUCAUCUGUCACACAUCGCAUCUGAAAUUUCCUCAAAGAGCCCAGAGAGAGAAAUGUCCCUGUACAGGGAAUCAGACUCGAAAUGGCUCGAUGACUGGGUUUUUGAAGAAGAUAACGAGUCUCUCAUGGGUCGAUUCGGAUUCUAG